GCUGGUUCUGGAAGUGGCUUCUCACUUAGGUCUUGUGCGUAGUGAAGUUUGUGUAGAUGUUGGCUCCCCAAUCAGGAUUCUAGUAGGACUCAAAACCUUAUCCCCAGCAUUUUCAGAAAUGAGUGUCCAGCAAGAAAUCUUGGAAACAGGCAUUAAAGUUGUGGAUCUUUUGGCACCAUAUGCCAGAGGUGGCAAAAUUGGUCUCUUUGGUGGUGCUCACGUAGGGAAGACUGUGCUCAUCAUGGAGCUGAUUAACAACUUUGCCAAAGCUCAUGGUGGCUACUCUGUGUUUGCUGGAGUCGGUGAUAUGACCUCAGCCUCACCCGAUGACAGUUCUAAAAAAAAAAAAAAAAAAAAAAAAAAAAAAAAAAAAAAAAAACAAAAAAAAAAAUCUAAGGUGUCCCUUGUCUACGGACAAAUGAAUGAUGGGUUGACUGUGGCUGAGUUCUUCCGUGAUCAAGAAGGACAAGAUGUACUACUCUUCAUUGACAACAUUUUCAGAUUCACUCAAACUGGUUCUGAGGUAUCUGCCUUGUUGGGUCUUAUCCGAUCAGCCGUGGGCUACCAGCCUACCUUGGCCACUGACAUGGGUAGUAUGCAGGAGAGAAUCACCACAACCAAAAAAGGAUCUAUUACAUCUGUGCAGGCCAUUUUCGUGCCUGCUGAUGAUCUGACUGAUCCUGCUCCCGCCACAACAUUUGCCCGUCUGGACGCAACAACCGUAUUGUCUCGAGGAAUUGCAGAGUUGGGUAUCUACCCUGCUGUAGAUCCCCUUGACUCCAACUCUCGUAUUCUGGACCCUAACGUCGUAGGAGAGGAGCACUAUGCAACAGCCAGAUCCGUACAGAAAAUCCUGCAGGACUACAAGUCACUACAGGAUAUUAUUGCCAUCUUGGGUAUGGAUGAGUUGUCCGAGGAAGACAAGCUGACUGUGGCCAGAGCCCGCAAGAUGAUGAAAUUCUUGUCCCAGCCUUUCCAGGUGGCUGAAGUCUUCACUGGCUCCGAGAGCCAAUAUGUCCCACUUAAGGAGACCAUCAAGGGCUUCAAGACGCUUAUCAAUGGUGAACUGGACCACUUGCCUGUAGUAGCCUUCUACAUGGUGGGCAACAUUGAAGAGGUUGUGGAGAAGGCAACAAGGCUGGCAGAGGAACAGUCAUAA